AGGGUGUGAUGGAACAUUCUGUCCUUUCUUUCACCUUUCACAAGUUCAUCAUAUUGCAGAACUACACCCCAAUGAUCGAUAGUUGAUCCUGUUUCGUUCCUUCACAACUGACCACUGCUACCCAUGCACACCACUCGCAUUUUACACGAGCAAAAGAAGAAUCAGCCGUGGCUGUGGGACGAUCGCCUUUUACUCUUGAGCAAUGCGCCAAGGAUACAGCUUUCUGAGGGGAUACUGAAUUGGGAGCUUACAGCGGACCGAAGCUACAGUCUCAUGAUCUCUUCAUAACUCUUCACCGUUCCUGAAUAGCGGAUACAUUAUUUAAAAAAUAAAUAAAUAAAUAAAUAAAAAAAUCCAUCUCAAACAGCACCAUUAAUGUUACAGUAAUUUACCAUAGAAUACAUAGACAAGGAUGUAACAAAUAAUGUUUUAAGGUAACAAACUGAAAACCAGUAACACCCCCUAUCUAUAGCUCCACUGCUACACUUUUUUUUUCAUGUAACAGAAAGGUACUUGUUAAUAAGGAGGUUCAAAUAACAGGAGAGGUGGCGGUCAUGUGACCUGGAGCCUGCAAAGGAAUCUGUUACAGUGAGCUUCACAUUUGUUCAACAGGCUUUUUCGCAGACGGCCAAGUAAAUGAUCUGGACUAUACAAAUAAAGACUUUUCUUUUUUUUUAAGAACCAAAAGUAUAUAUUUAUGUUACAUUUUAAUUGUAUUUCUUUUUGGUUAAGCUGUGCAUCAGUGGUCGACUUACUAAACUGGAGUUUUUUUGUUUUUUUUUCACUUGCAGCAUCUGUGGUCUUGCGUUCUAAACUUAAUUCACUCUUUGUCGGUUUGAUUUUUAAACCGCUCGGAAAUUCCACGAUGUAAGUAUGCUUCACAUCUAGGGGGUCGUUUUCAGUAUUUUUUUUUCGGAUUGAUGACAGCGUUUUGGGCUUUGCAGAGGCAAAAAAAAAAAAAAAAAAAAAAAAAAAAAAAAAAAAAAAGAAGUUUGUUACAACACUAGCCUGUGUGGGAUUUGGAAAUGGAGACAAUAGUGAUGCUUUUUAACGGGGCACUUAGCUUGCUGCUCUGUUUGGUAGAGCUCUGCUCUGCUGCUUUGUAUCCACUGCCUAGCACAAACUGAAUGAAGUAGUUUCCAUGAGAAAAAUUAGCCCUGCAGUGCAUAUCGGCUGUGCUCCAUGAAGACUCACUGAGCGGCUACAGGGGGGACCUUGGAAGAUUGGAAGCAUUCAUAAAGAACCAGUCUAUUGAGACAUAGUGCCCUACAACCAAAUCUAAGAAUGAGGAGCAGAUACACAAUAUUCCUAGUGUUUGUAGUGGCCCUUGUCAUCAUUGAGAAGGAAAGUAAUAUAAUUUCAAGGGUAUCAGACAAGCUAACACCAAGACAGACUCCACAAACACCAAUUUACCUGAAUGGUUCAGUAUCUGUUUUGCUCACAGAAAAUGGCUCCUAUUCGUCACUCAGUGAGCUGGACUCAGCAUUCAAGCAUUUAAAGAACCGUUUAGAAAACUACGUUCUGCAGUUUCUGCAUCAGGUAGACAAUGAGCGGUCUAAUCCAAGGAAGCACAUCUUACUGAUGGCAACAACAAGGACAGGUUCCUCCUUCGUGGGGGAGUUUUUCAACCAACAAGGUAGUAACAUGUUUUACCUGUUUGAGCCUUUGUGGCAUGUCGAGAGAAUGGUAACAUUUGAAGCCAGGGGAGCCAAUGCAGUGGCGGCAUCCAUUAUCUACCGGGAUGUACUCCAGCAGCUUUUCAUCUGUGAUCUCCAUGUGCUAGAGCACUUCAUAAGCCCACUUCCAGAGCAUCAUAUAACUCCUUCUUUGUUUCGUAGGGGAUCUAGCACAUCCCUCUGUGAAGACCCUGUCUGUACUCCAUUUGUGAAGAAGACCUUUGAGAAAUAUCACUGUAAGAACCGCCGCUGUGGACCGUUGAACUUGACCUUGGCUGCAGAGUCUUGUCUCAGUAAGCAACACAGGGCCAUUAAAACAGUGCGUAUCAGGCAGUUGGAGUCCCUACGGCCUCUCCUUGAAGACUCCCGAUUACAGAUGAAAAUUAUCCAUUUGGUGCGUGACCCCAGAGCCAUCUUGGCCUCCAGGAUGGUGGCUUUCUCUUCUAAGUAUGAGAACUGGAAAAAAUGGGCGGCCAAUGGCGAGGUGCCCAUUGAAGAUGAAGAGGUGCAAAAGUUGAAAGGCAACUGUGAAAAUAUCCGUCUGUCAGCAGAGGUCGGCUUGAAACAGCCUUCCUGGCUGAAGGCACGCUACAUGCUCGUGCGCUAUGAGGAUAUAGCCAGGUAUCCAAUGCAGAAAGCAGCAGAAAUGUACAGGUUCAGUGGGAUUCCUUUUACUCGUCAGGUAAAGGAAUGGAUUCUUAAAAACACUCAAGGCUCCAAAGAAAGUGGGGGAGUGUACUCAACCAAAAAGAACUCGUCUGAGCAGUUUGAAAAAUGGAGGUUCAGUAUGCCUUUCCAGCUGGCACAGGUUGUUCAAAAAGUAUGUGGGCCUGCAAUGGAAUUGUUUGGUUAUAAAUUGAUUGACGACCCAAAGAACCUGACAAAUAAGUCCAUUAGUUUGCUAGAAGAAAAGGUGUUUCAUUUUACCUAUUUAUAAAUCCUAAGAAAGGGAACACUAUUGAAAGGUCUUCACCAUAAGUUUAGGCCUCAAGUUCCUUUUAGCAUGAUAUGUGUCCAUUGUACUGGAUAGGGGUCUGAAGGUUAAUGGACUUGAUGCUUUUGCCACCAAAGAAUUACUUGGUAAUUAAUUUACCAAGUCAGUAAAGUGGGAAGACCAAAGGAAAGGAUUACACUGUGCAUUAACUGUACCUUUAAACUGUACAGUUUGCUAAGUAGCAACUGAUGUGUUUGACAACCCAUGGAUAAUGUUUUAUAAAUUCUAGCCCUCAUUGUGUCAGAUACUGGGAUUUACUGGGAUUUAAACAGCUGUAGAUCUCGAUACAGUCACAUGUUAGAUCAUUAAAACAGGCAGAAAGGAAAUAAAACCAAUGUUUCUAAUGAUGCAUUUUAGUCUCAUUCGAUCCACAAUUUCGAUCAAUUGUAUAGAACCCAUUCUAAAUUACAUAGCAGUUUGCUUGUAUAAUACGUUAGAUGCUGACAAACUGCAGAAGUGCAAGGGUUUCUGUUGAGAGAUACAUGCUAAGAAAGUUUAUUUUUUAAAAGCAAGUUAAAUCUAUAUUUAUUAAAUAAGUACAUUAUUUUAUUGCAAGGAAGCAAAACUUAACCAAAACGUGCUUUAAUUUAGGAAGGUUAGAAUUGUGCACGAAAAACAACAUGGUUUAUGUUUUUUAAUUAUUUUAUAAAUAACAGUGUCAAGUGACUUCUUGAAAAAGCUCAUGAUGAAAUUGAGGAUCCCGUGAGCAAUGUGAGGCAUUUGGAUUGGAUUCAUUAGAGAAUAGAUUAACUUGAGCUUUAAGUCUGCAUUGAAAAUUAAACCCAAGCAUAGGUAAGUGUUGGUUUAAUGUUUGUUUAUGGCAAAGAUUUUGUUUUUGCCUUUUGGAAAUAUCUAGCACAGAAUUAGCUGACUUAGUGACUGGGCCUGUAGCCUGCCACACUGGGAUGUAGUGGAGGUGUACUUAUACCACGGGCGGUAACAUGAAGUUAGGUCUUGGUGACCUACUUUUACAAUACUGACCUGAUUGAACUAGUGAAGGCUAAAUCUUAGGAACCACUGGUUUUCAUAUAACUAUCCAUGGUCUAUAGAGGACUAGAGGUGUAGGUCACUAAAAUAGAUUUCACUUGUGCGACACCAAAAUCUCAACUACUGAAGAUUUUUUUGAAAAGUUGACAUUUUGAAGCUGCUUUAAAGACCCUUGAGAAAACUUGAAAAUAAAUUGCUAAUAUAUAUUUGAAGUAAGUAAAGGGGGGGGGGG